GACAAUAAAGUAGACCAAAUCAAAAUGGCUGAUACUACUUUAAUCUUGGUCGGGAUCGGUGUUUUGGUUCUUUGUUUGUUAAUCACAGUCUUCUUACUGCUGGUGUAUUCUGGUCUGUUCAGGACGGUGGAGGUUGGAGCCGGGCGCCCACCCAUCGCUGAUGUCGUCGUUGCUUACAAGUUCCUGAGGGGACCGUACAAAGAGUCGGGCCCCCAAUUCACGGAGCUCGCGAAACUGGCUCCUGACAAUAAAUGCCUGGGGAUCUUUUAUGACGACCCCAGCACAGUGCCGUCCACAAAACUUCGCUAUGUCGUAGCCUCCAUACUGGCCGAGGGGGGAGCUCCCAUUGACGAGGAGAUGAGAAAGAGGUUUGCUGAUGAAGGCUACAAGAUUCACAACCUGCCAUUUGUUACCAACGUUGUGAAGACAAGCUUCCCUUACAUCAGCCUUCUGUCCAUCUUCAUCGCCAUGUCGAAGGUGUACCCAAGGAUAGCCGAGUAUGUGCAGGAACACAAACUGUGUGCCCACCCGUGCUUGGAGAUUUAUGAUGGGAAAAACAUCCACUUCAUGGCCCCCUUGGCCAAACAAGACGAGUUUUACGUCCCUGAAUACAACCAACACGACCCAGAGGAAGAUCCCUCGGAACUAGAUGACCCAAGUCUAGCCGACAGCCUCCCAGACGACAGCAUCUCCUACAGCGAACCUUCCUUCAGCGAAAUUAGCCAGAGCCUGUCCACAGAUCUCACAGUCAGCACUGAAGAUAAGGAAGGGGAGGUAAUCAAAAUGGCCGCCGUUCAAGCUGGUGCAGGAGAAGCAAAAAAUUUAGCCGACUCUGGGUUUUCUUCUGAUGCAGUUCCCUCCCCUCUUUCUGGCUCUCUGCAGGUGGAGGAUCGUGCAGACACGGGGUCAGAGGGCAGCUCAGGGUCACCGUUUGAAGAUAUUAAAGGUGAAACUGAUGAACUAAUUAAAGAAAUGAAUGAUCAAGCGGAGAGUAAAGAAUAGUGGCUGAUUUUGUUGCCGAAACAGAACAAACAAAACAUGACUGGUAACGUUUUAUUGUUAAGGUGUAUGUCUUCUACUUGUAUGGGUGCAUCCUGUGAUAGAUGUGUGCUCUGUCAACAUUUGUAAUACUAUAUCCAAUGGUGCAUAACAAUUAGCUUGCUGUUGAAAAUGUAUGGUGCAUUGAUUGAACAUAUCGUGAUAGAAUAGGCUAUUGAUGACCUGGCGUUGGUAGUGUAGUUUAUGGUCCGUGUCUGUAGAAAUAUUUUUCUAUUGUGAAGAUUGUUUAUUUAUCACUUCAGAUAUUGAAAUGUUUUCAACUAUUAUUCAUACUGGUAAAUAUGGAAUAGAAUUCUAAUUACCGUAUCUGACGUAAUAAGCGCACCGCUCUAAUAAGCGCCCAAAGCGAUGUUUGCUAAUAUAUUGGCUAGUGAACAAUCCCAAUUAGCACCCUUCCGAUUGAUCAAUGUACGCUUAUUUAUUCGUGUAUA